GAAAAAAAAAAAAAAAAAAAAAAGGAAGAGUCGCUUUCCUCCAGCCACAAUUAUGAAUUAAAAUCGCUUGUUUGAAUUCAGACGGAGACACUUAUCAUUACACGGCAUCACAACGUUUGGCAGACGAGCUGAAGUAAGCUCGUACAAAAUAGUCCGAGAUGUCUGCGAGCGCGGUGUAUGUCUUGGAUUUAAAAGGAAAGGUCCUGGUGUGCCGAAACUACCGGGGCGAUGUGGACAUGUCAGAGAUUGAGCACUUCAUGACCCUCCUGAUGGACAAAGAGGAGGAGGGGACGCUCUCUCCAAUCCUGGCCCAUGGAGGAGUCCGUUUCAUGUGGAUCAAACACAAUAACCUCUACUUGGUUGCUACAUCCAAGAAAAAUGCCAGUGUCUCGCUGGUCUUUUCCUUCUUGUACAAGAUUGUUCAGGUUUUCUCUGAGUAUUUCAAAGAACUGGAGGAGGAGAGCAUUAGAGAUAACUUCGUCAUCAUUUAUGAGCUGAUGGAUGAGCUGAUGGACUUUGGUUAUCCUCAGACCACCGACAGCAAGAUUCUGCAAGAAUACAUUACCCAGGAGGGACACAAGCUAGACACUGGCGCCCCGCGACCCCCCGCCACAGUAACCAACGCUGUCUCCUGGAGGUCAGAGGGCAUCAAGUACAGGAAGAACGAGGUUUUCCUGGACGUCAUUGAGUCAGUCAACCUCCUGGUGAGUGCCAAUGGAAAUGUUCUCCGUAGUGAGAUCGUUGGCUCCAUCAAGAUGCGUGUCUUCCUGUCAGGAAUGCCAGAGUUGCGGCUGGGCCUUAACGACAAGGUUCUGUUUGAAAACACCGGACGGGGGAAGAGUAAAUCAGUAGAGCUGGAAGAUGUCAAGUUCCACCAGUGUGUCAGACUGUCUCGCUUUGAGAAUGACCGCACCAUCUCCUUCAUUCCUCCUGAUGGAGAGUUUGAGCUCAUGUCCUACCGCCUCAACACUCAUGUGAAGCCCUUGAUCUGGAUUGAAUCGGUAAUCGAGAAACACUCCCACAGUCGGAUCGAGUACAUGAUCAAGGCGAAGAGUCAGUUCAAGAGGCGUUCCACUGCCAACAAUGUGGAGAUCCACAUUCCAGUGCCAACGGACGCUGACUCGCCCAAAUUCAAGACCACAGUGGGAAGCGUGAAGUGGGUCCCAGAGAACAGCGAGAUCGUCUGGUCAAUCAAGUCCUUCCCUGGUGGAAAGGAGUAUUUGAUGCGAGCCCACUUUGGUCUGCCGAGUGUAGAAGCUGAAGACAAGGAGGGGAAGCCACCAAUCAGUGUCAAGUUUGAGAUCCCGUACUUCACCACCUCAGGCAUCCAGGUGCGCUACCUGAAGAUCAUUGAGAAGAGUGGAUAUCAGGCCUUGCCGUGGGUGCGCUACAUCACCCAGAACGGAGAUUACCAGCUCCGGACCCAGUAGGCAGUGCUUCAGCCGGCAGUAGGCAGGUGGAAAUCAAGGGGGGCGGAGUCGAGCCGCUAAUGUGAUAUCAAUGGCAGGUGUCAGUCAUGAGACCAGAGGACUGUCAGUAUCUCCUUUUGUUUUGUUGUUGUUUUAUUCAUUUCCGAUCAAUGCAUAUGUUAGAUGGAGUCUUUGGUCAGGCAAGGUUAAAAAAAAUAAUUAUUAUAUUUUACUACUGUGUGGCUCCUAGUGUGAGCAAGGCCAAGGGCAGUAGGAGUAAUGUUUACAUCCAACUGAUACAGUACAGAGUAGUUGUACACAAUCUAUCACGGUGGGUCAAAUGGCUUGAACGCAGAUGUUACAAAUCUCAUUUAAAGUUACUGUCGUCACCUCAACACAGGUCAAUAACUCAUCGGUCAGUUUGAGAACGAUAUUUUUUACAUGAAGCCUCUUUGUUCUGCCACAAUUCCUUUUUUUUUUGGUGAUUAUCUGUAUAUAUUUGUUACAUAUAUUAAUGAACUUCAAUCCAGUGUUAUUAGUUUCAUAACUGUAAAUUAAAAGGUAAAUUCCUUCAUUAUGUGUAAUCACCUUCAUGCGGUGCCAUUGAGACAUGUCAGGGCAAUGCCUUCCUGCUUGGCUGUUGUGCUAUGUAGUCAUCAGUUCGACUCCCUUGACAUUUCAGCUUUGCAAAACAAACUAAAAACAUUAAAAAUGCUGUGAGUCUAUAUCACAUGUUGAACAGAAUACCAGUUGAAAACCCCCUCUUUUCCAGCCCAACACCUGUUUCCCUUCCCCCCCUGUCUGUAACCAAACAAUUUUAAAUCAUUAAAUGUCUAUUUAGAGAAAAGUG